AGAAGAAUAAAAAAGUACUAAAUUCUUCAUUGCGUUUUGUGUUGUGAAUUGGAGGAGCAGUGCAUAGAAAAGACACACACUCAAGCUCUGACCAUCUUCUCACCAUUUCCGAAACACUCUUCCCCUAUCUCCAUUGAUUCCUGCUCUUCAAAAGGAACUUGAUGGAGAACAGUUCGGGUGAAGAAUCCGGUAUCAGUGAUUCAGAAAUUGAGGAGUAUGUAGAGAAACCGUAUAAAGAAUUGCAAACUGGACAAUACAAGGUGAAGAAUGCAAAUGGCACCCUUAGAUGCCCAUUCUGUGCAGGAAAGAAGAAACAGGCGUAUGGGUUUAAGGACCUAUAUCAGCAUGCAUCUGGCGUUGCCAAGGGUGCUUCGCAUCGAAGUGCUAAACAAAAAGCUACCCAUCUUGCAUUAGCGAAAUAUUUGGAGAUUGAUUUAGGUUUUGGCGCUGCACAACCUACAGCUGAAGUGGAACCUCAAGCAAGUGAGAAGAAAGAGGAGCUCUAUUGCUGGCCGUGGAUCGGUGUUGUUGUCAAUAUUACGAAAGAUGAGCAAACUGGAAAACAAUUGACCGAUGGGGGGUUCUGGAUGAAAACUUUUUCCAAGUAUAAGCCUCUGGGAGUCGAAGUUUUUCAUGAUGAAGUAGACCAAACAGCGCAAGCUGUGGUUCACUUUGAGAAGGAGUGGAAUGGUUUUAAAAAUGCAGUGGAUUUUGAGAAGUCAUUUGAAGCUGGUCGUCACAGCAAAAAAGAGUGGAUUACCAGCAAAACUAAUCUCGGUGCUGGUAUCUACGGAUGGUUUGCGCGUGCGGAUGAUUAUCGUGCAGAGGGCCAGAUGGGAGAAUACCUUCGCAAGAAUCGAGAACUCAAGACUCUUUCAGAAGUUAUGGAAAGGGGAAAGCAAGAUAAUGAUGUUGUCAACUUGACUAAUGAGAUUGACAUGAAGAACCAGAAUUUGGAUGAAAUGCAAUCAAAGGUCAACGAGAAGGCUAUGUCCUUGAGCCGAAUGCUUGAAGAGAAAGACUAUCUCCACCAAGCAUUUUAUGAAGAAACCCGGAAGAUGCAGCGCAUUGCUCGGGAUCAUGUUCAAAGGAUAUUAGCAGAGCAAGAAAAGAUGAAUCAUGAAUUAGAGUCGAAAAAAAGACAGCUUGAUUGGCGUACCAGAGAAUUAAGCAAACGUGAAGUCUUAACUGAACGUGAAAGGCAAAAGCUUGAGGAGGAGAAGCUGCAGAAUGAUGAAAGAAAUAAUUCGCUGCAAAUGGCUUCUGCGGAGCAAAAAAAAUCAGAUGAAAAUGUGCUGAGGCUUGUUGAAGAACAAAAGAGAGAGAAAGAGGAGGCACUGAAGAAGAUUCUUCACUUAGAAAAAGAGCUGGAUGCUAGGCAGAAGUUGCAGUUGGAGAUCGCGGAGUUAAAAGGAAAAUUAGAAGUGAUGAAGCAUCUUGGAGAUGAAGAUGAUGAAGCAGUCCAGCGGAAGAUGAAGGAGAUGAAUGAAGAAUUGAAUCAGAAGAUUGAAGAUAUGAACCAUCUUGAAACAAUGAAUCAAACACUUAUGAUCAGGGAAAGGCAAAGCAAUGAUGAAUUGCAAGAAGCUCGGAAUGUGUUAAUUUCAGCUCUGUUGGACAUCUUGCAAAGCAAUCGCACAAAUAUUGGAAUAAAGAGAAUGGGGGAGAUUGACGAGAAGGCUUUUGUUGCUGAGUGCAAGAAAAGAUUCACAUUGGAUGAGGCCAUGAUAAAGGCAAGCGAGGGUUGCUCUCUGUGGCAAGAGAAUUUGAAAGAUCCUGCGUGGCAUCCUUACAAAAUUAUUGAAAGUGAUGGGAAAGCUGAGGAGAUAAUAAAUGAGGACGAUGAGAAAUUGAAGAAGCUUACGGCGGAAUGGGGCGAUGAAGUAUACAAAACAGUUACAGUGGCCUUGCUGGAAAUCAAUGAAUAUAAUCCGAGUGGAAGAUAUGUUGUGAACGAGCUUUGGAACUACAAGGAAGGACGAAAGGCUACUGUGAAGGAGGUGGUCAAUUAUAUCUUCAAGAAUCUAAAGACCCAAAAAAGGAAGAGGUGAAUUUGCUCUUUAGGAUUCAGCAAACAAGUGUUUCCCAGAAAAUUCAAAUCCCUGUCCUGUCUUCAAUUGCUUUUCUUUAACCUCAAUAGAAAAUUAAGAGCGACCAAAUUCGCCUAUUUCGUGCCAAGCUAGACACUGCAACUUUGUGUAAUGUAAACUCUAAACAUAAUGGCCUAUCAUCUUGACUGUUAUAUGCACUUGUUCUGCCUACAUCUGCCGAUAUUCUGCUAAUUUGUGUGAUGAUUUGAUUGACAAGAGGAGAUUAUUUCUUGCAUUCAA